AUGGCUUGUAAUAGUGGAAACAUUGACCAGCUCAAGGCGAAAAGAAAACGAUCUGCAAAUUGGGAUACCUUAGAAAAGAAUUUAUUAAAAAGUUGCAUACAGGAGUUUAUAUCCGUGUUAGAGAACAAAAACACUGACACUAAUACCAAUAAAAGUAAGACCAUUGCUUGGCACACAGUAACAAAAAGAUUUAUUGAAUUAAAUAGCCGGGAGAGAGAUUUAGCUGAAAUAAAACAACAAUGGCGUACAAUGAAAUUAGAUGCUAAAAAAAAUAUGUCCCAGGUAAAGACAUCUAUCAAAUGUACUGGUGGAGGACCAAAGCCUCCUAGCCCAGAUCCGGAAACAAUAGACAUCUUAAGUAUGAUUCCACAGGAAUUUGAAACAGAUUCAAAUAUCUUCGACAGUGACAGCAUAGCGAAUCAGGAGGUGGAAUGUGUCAUGUCAACACAAGAGUAUGUUCUCACUCCAUUAGAUAAGAAAGAGAAUGUGGAAGAGAAUAUCACACCACAACCUGUGAAGAAGAUUAAUUUAUUUAAACCUUGUGGGACAAAACGGAAACUACCAUUUAAUGAAAUGAAGCAUAAUGAACAGACUGCAAAACGUGAGGAACGGGACUUCACAAGAGAGCGCCAUAUGGUUCUUGUCAAUUGCAUAAGGGAGGAACAUGAGCUAAAAAUGAAAAAUAUGUUAGAAGCUCAGAGUUUUAUUAAAGAAGAGCAUGACCUUCAAGUGGUUUACAUGACUGUGCAAAAGAGAGUCCGGUUUACUGGCGAUCAUUUGCAGAAUGCUGCUGGUGCUGGCCCGCACCCUGCUCAUCAAUGA